AUAAAACUCAAACACAAAGUUAAGUUUUUCGUAGAAAGAGCACAGUUUGCAAAUCUUAAUUUCCAUGUAUAAAUUGGAACAAUGUCAAAAAGGAUAAUUGAUGACAAUUGAUCACUGGCUGUGUAUUUAUUUUCGAUAAAAAGAGAAGGUAAAAUGUAGAGGAGUGAGUUGCUGCGUGUGUGUUCAUGACAAAACUCGGGUUGGUCCAUUUAUUAAUAGGUUGAUUCUUCGGAUUCUAUAUGGAUAGGUGUGUGACUUUAUAAGGGUUAGCGCGUCUUAAUUAGCGUGUUCCUCCUCUAAACCUGUAUAUGUGUGCCUAUUUAUCUUUGAGGCAGUGUGCAGAGGAAUUAAAAUGGAUAGAUUGCAAGUAGAGAGUAAAGAAAGUUCAGCAUGUUAGGCGUUGAUGUUGAUUAGUGCAUUUCCAGAAAAAGAUGGAAUUGGUCAAACUGUGCCUUUGGCCCACGGUGGUUCCAGGGUGAUGAUGGCACCCCAGGGCCGGGCGAAGGCUGCCACCAACAUCUUUGGUGUCAGCUUUGUGGUUGAAAUUUUAUAAUUUUUCAACCAUAUUUUUUUCACCUUUUUAGCUUUUGUGAUGGAUUUAUUGCACCUACUCUUACCAACCAUACUACUCCAUCUAUAAAUAGAGCAAGUUCGCAAGUUAUCUUUCAAAUCCCUUAUCGGAGAGAAGCAAAUUAAGGAUUAGCAUUUAGAAGUAAUGGCUCCAGGUCUGGAAGAACAGCAAAACCACCAAGGUGGCCACCAAAAUCUUCAACAGAGUCUUGCUAUUUACAAGGAUAUUCUUGAAACAAAGGAGCCUGAACCAACAAAGGAGCAGCAAAACCAAGUUGGUAGACACCAGGAAAUUGGACACAAGAGUCUCUUACAGAGUGAUGCUCUUUACCAGUAUAUACUGGAGACUAGUGUAUAUCCUGGGGAGCCUGAACCAAUGAAAGAGCUCCGAGAAUUGACAGCAAAUCAUCCAUGGAACAUCAUGACUACUUCAGCUGAUGAAGGGCAAUUCUUGAGCAUGCUUCUGAAGCUCAUCAAUGCCAAGAACACUAUGGAAAUUGGUGUUUACACUGGCUACUCACUUCUUGCCACUGCUCUUGCUCUUCCUGAUGAUGGCAAGAUAUUGGCCAUGGACAUCAACAGUGAAAACUACGAAUUGGGUCUACCUGUCAUUGAAAAAGCUGGUGUUGCUCACAAGAUUGACUUCAGAGAAGGCCCUGCUCUUCCAGUUCUUGAUCAAUUGAUCCAAGACGGAAAAUACCAUGGAACGUUUGAUUUUAUCUUUGUGGAUGCUGACAAAGACAAUUACCUCAACUACCACAAGAGAACAAUUGAACUUGUGAAGGUUGGAGGACUUAUCGGCUAUGAUAAUACCCUGUGGAAUGGCUCAGUGGCAGCACCUCCUGAUGCACCACUAAGGAAAUAUGUCAGGUUCUACCUUAAUUAUGUUUUGGAGUUCAACAAGGCCAUUGCUGCUGAUCCAAGGGUCGAGAUUUGCCAGCUCCCCGUUGGUGAUGGAAUUACUCUGUGCCGCCGCAUUAGCUGAUCAUUACAAUGGAGUUGUCAGUUGUAUAAUGCUGCUCUUGUAUGAGUUAUGCAAUACAAACAUGCAGCCACGUAUAAGGGUUCUAGGGUUAGUGACCCAAUGGUUGAAUACUUAUUUCCUAGCACAGAAAGUUAAAGGUCGCACAGUUCCAAGUGAUGUGUUCAUGAAUGUUAAUUGAUAUCUAAAUAAUGUAUCAAAACUUAAAAAAAAAAAAAUACAUGAAUACAAUGUUUCAUGUUUCUUUUUC